AUGUACUGGUCUCUGUACAAGCCAACAAGCCACCAUGCACAACACACUACUACUGCUGCCCUUCACCUGUCGCCGUCCUUCCACGUCUACCUGUCCUUGGCACAUGCUGCCACUCGAUGCGACAACAUCAGGGAACAUCACGGACACAGGGAGUACUUUCCGUACCCACGUACACCGUCAAAAUGUCAGAACAACUAAAUCUCAUUCCUCCUGUCGUGCCAAACAUAAAUGAUGUAUUAUGCACGAAAUGAUCAACUCUUCUUUACAUAUGGUCUGUGCUGCCCACUGAGGGGAGAGAUAUAACCAUACUCCCUGCCUACACACGGGCGAGAGAGAUGACCAACCCAUUACAUUUGAACACACGAACACCCACAUAUCGGUGAUGGAACCUCAACCACACGCCUUACCUACGACCGACCACGUCAGGAGGCAAUGAUGAAAGAAUGUUCUCCCGUGCCCUUCGCACAUUUAUGGGCAUGAAAUUACACAAAACUGGGAGACCACUCCCGUGUGCCGCACAAUUUGACACAGAUGCAUGCAUAUGCAUACCAAACUCAAUUACUUACCAAAUCAUAUUCCUCGCGUUAAAUGCAUACCAAACUGGAAAUACACGUGUAAAAUGGAUGGAGAUCCACAACCAACAGGGUGCCACACAUAAAACACCCGACUAACUAACAGCCCAACACUUUUCGUCUACACCUUCCCAACAUAACAUAUAUAAGACACACAACACAGCUACCAAACUGUCUUGUUGAGCCUGUUAUCCGCAGGGGAGAUGUCCAUAUAUGCUGUCUGGGAAAUCGUGGACACACAACAGGUAGUUUUCUUUGACGCUAUGAUUCCAUUGCUAAUCUGUCUUUGACUCUUUUCUCUGACGGAGAUGGACUCGUUGUGUUGUAUUUGGAAAAAAAAAAAAAA